CACAUACACACGGUCGUAUAGGCUCCUGUUUAAACAGCGGCGUGUAUACGUAUUUAUUUAAUAUAAAAUAUAAUGUCAAAAGAACUAGAUACUGAGUUAUUAAUUGCUUUGAUAGAAGCUCGUCCUGUAUUAUGGGAUAAAACAUCACCAAUAUAUAAGAACAGAAAUGAGACGAAGGAAGCGUGGAAAGAAGUCUGUAUAGAAAUGAACAGCGAUUUCCAUGUUUAUAGUGAGGAAGAAAAAAAUAAAUAUGGUAAAGAGGUUGUAAAGAGGUGGGUCAACAUUCGGGAUGCAUUUAACAAGUUUUUGAAGAAAGAAAAAUCGUUCAAAAAGUCUGGUUCUGGUGCCUCAACUUUAAGCAAAUACAUUUAUGCUGAACAACUGAAGUUUCUAACCAAAAUAUUUACGCAUAGAUCAACUGAAGAUAGUUUAUCUGCCAAUCCCGUCCAAGCAACUUCCGACGCCGAUGUUCCAGAAACUGAUACUGAAAAUAAUAAUACCCAGCUUAAAUCACCUCCUCGAAAGCAACUUGGCUCUCGAAAAAGAAAAAUAGACGACGUUGAACUCAGGAUGAUUAAAGCUUUAGAACAGCCAGAAGAUCGUCAUAUUUCAUUUUUUAAAGCUAAAAUGGAUAAAAAAACGGAAGAAUUGUGGAUGCAAUGGUAUGAAGAAGCACCUUCUGAUUUUGAAGUUCAGUCAGAUGAAGAUACGGAUAUACCUGAUGCUGCUUCUGAGCACAAUACCGACACAGAUGAUGAAGAGAUGCCAGAGUUUCAGCGUUUUGUACCGCUUCCUACAGCUACUUCCCGUGAACCACAGUUUCUAGGUAAAACUAAGGGCCAAAAUAUCAUCAACAAGCUUCCAGGCGCACGAAACGCUAAAGAAAUUAUAGAUUGA